AUGUUUGAUUGUUUCUCCCAAUGUGCCCUCUUCCUGAAGCAUAUCGUGCCUGGCGAUUCGCCAGAAUGCUGUCUUAAGAUGGGGGUUGAAUCCCUCCAAACACCGGAGGACCAGAGACAGUCUUCCAGUUCACCCGGGAACCACGCCGUAGACCUCACCAUCUUUUGGAGCAACUCAACUCCACCCGCCUUAAGAGAUGCACCUCCCCAAGUCCUUGUCUCGACCACGGCUUUAUCAAGUUCAGCACCAAAAACAUCUCCUCUAGUAAACGAGCCUGCCAAAAAUUGCAGAAAGGAUAUUUGCUUGCUUCCAAAUUGCAAAUGUGAUCAAGUCGAUAUCCCAGGUGGUAUUCCGUUGAAAGAUACGCCACAGAUUGUACUUAUAACUUUUGAUGACGCUGUGAACGAUCAUAACAAGCGAAUCUACGCCGAUUUCUUCGAACGAGGCCGAAAAAAUCCAAACGGUUGUCCGAUUGUGGCUACAUUCUACGUUACACAAGGGGCCGGAGGGACUGAUUAUGGUCAGGUGCAAAAUCUUUACGCUGCUGGUCACGAGAUGGCAUCCCACACAAUCACGCACAGUCACGGAAAACGAUUUUCAUACGAACAAUGGGCCCAUGAAGUUGAUGGUCAGCGAGAACUUUUGGCUAAAUAUGGUGGAGUCAAACGGGAAGAUAUACGAGGAAUGAGAGCACCUUACCUUGAGAUUGGUGGUGACUCGAUGUUCAAAAUGCUUUAUGACUAUAAAUUCACCUAUGACUCGUCAAUGCCAAUCUACGAAAAUCGGCCGCCCAGCUGGCCUUACACUUUGGAUUACAAACUCCCCCACAACUGUGUGAUUCCAUCCUGUCCAAUAAAUUCAUAUCCAGGAAUAUGGGAAGUUCCCAUGGUAGUCUUGGAGGAUCUUAAAGGAGGCAAGUGUGCGAUGGUAGACUUCUGCAGUAAUCCCACAACAUCUGCCGACGUCUACAGGAUGCUUAUGAAUAACUUCGAGAGGCACCAUACGACCAACAGAGCUCCAUUCUAUCUUUACUUCCACGCAACCUGGUUCGCUCAAGCCCAAAACAAACAAGGUUUCAUCUCUUUCCUCGACAAGAUUGUCGCAAUGAAUGACGUUUGGGUGGUAACGAACUGGCAAGCCAUACAAUGGAUUAAGAAUCCAACACCCCUGAGCCAUAUCAAUAACUUCGCACCUUUCGGUUGCAACUAUCAGGCCAGGCCAAAGUGCAGUAACGCCAAGGUCUGCAGCCUUCAGCUCAACAAUAAAGUUCAAUAUCUGAAGACGUGUCAAACCUGUUCCGCACAUUAAAAAACGAAAUUCGCCGCAGCCAAAUAGAAAACGACUUUGACAUACACAAAAUAAGGAGAGAAUGAAAUA